AGUUGAAAAUGAUGGUGGUGAUGAUGGUGGUGGUGGUGGGCGCCCCGAGAUUGAGAGGAGGAAUAUAAGGUUCACGUUAUUAUCGCCAAUUACUUUCUCUAUUUGACGUUUGUCAGUGUCGCCGCCGGGAGAAAGGAAAGGACAUAUCGCUUUUCAUCCAUUGUGAAGCUGGGUGACGAGGCUACAUGGUGUGUGUUUCCUAUUCAGAGUGUGGAUGUGUGGGUCCAGAGAUGGAAAGCUAUGAGGAGUUCUGCCUGCAGAGUUUGGCCAUACUGCAGGGAGAGGGGAAGUAUAAGAAGAUGGCAUGUGAGCCACUGUGUUCCCUGAAGGCUUGCUCUGUCAUCCGCUUCCAUGGAAGAGCUGUGCUUUCACCACUGUUGAGUGCAGAGCAGCGCAAGGAGAUGUGUGGCCACAGACAGAGGGCGGUCCAGCAGGAGUUGGACAGGCAGAACCAGCAGAGGAACAAGUUUAUGGCCCGUGUUCAGGUCAUACUGGAUCAAGCUGAGAUACAUAAAGUAACGAGUGACAAGGUUGACAAGCUGCCAGUUUCUAAGUCUGCAACAGUCAGUGGCUACACCCUGGUCACCGACUCACCUGGACUUCCCAGAGAUGCUGGAUUUGGGCUUCAGACAAAUGAUCGGCCUGCCACUCCAUGCUCUGAGACCCCCACCCUCAAUGGCUGCAAGGCAGUGGGGGAAGUGAAGGUGAACAGGAAAGAGGAGAGUGAGGAGGAAGAGGAGGAAGAAGAUGACAUUAGUUUGGACAGCCUUCUUAAGAAAUCAAGAGAGUAUGUGAAGAGAGAGCAGAGUCAGCAGGGGUCAAAAGUUGUCCAGAACGUCAGCGGGACUGCCUCGUCUGAGACCGUCUCUGACAAAGACAAUAAGAGCUGUAGUCCCAUGGGGGACACAGGUGUCGAGUUCGGAUUCAGCCUGCAUCACAGUCCUAUUAGCACACCUCAGACCCAGAUCCAGCACCAAACUCUGUAUGACCCCAGUCUCCAACAGUCUGGCUGCCUCUCACCUAGUCUACCUGACCAGUAUGCUCGUCUCCCCAGUCCAGAGUCCAGCAUUAGUCCCUGUGCACGGAGACGCAGACCGCGCCCAGUUUCUACAGGUAAUAUCCAUAUUUCGUUUCCCAUUGGCCCAGCAGACCUUAUCCCCCGAAGCCCAGGAAGGUCAGUGGAAGGUGCUUGCAUGGCAGAUUGGGGAGAAGCUCUCACAGGUUCCACAAAGUUCUCCGAUCACUGGGGCUCAGUGGGGAGUGAAGGCGGGGGUUUUGUUAGCAGGAGUAGCAAUCGUCGAUCCAGUCACUGUGGUAGCAGUCCAGUGCAUGAGACCUGUAGCCCCAUUAGUGCCUCAGUGCCCAGCCCGAUGGGACACCAUGACCAUCUUGCUACAGGGUUUCGCCGGCGCUGCCACACUCUGGACAGCCAGUUGCAUACCUACCCAUCUGGAGUUGAACACAUAGACCGCAGCCAGGAAAGAGUCCCUCGUUUUAUGGCCGGAGUUACAUGGAUGGCUUCAAGUCGGCGCACCCCUGCAGCCCCCUUAAACCAGUCAUAUGAGGUAGAGAAUCCCUCACCUUCUCUGCUGAGGCCCCGUGUGACUCUUGACUUGGCUCAGGCCUCACUCAGGAUGGAGCCUGACGAUCCUCAGGGGCCAAACAAUGGAAGGAUCACAUCAACAGUCCUCAGAAAUGCACCUGAAACACAGGCCAGCAAGACAGAGGAGACCCACAGGCGAGCUCAGGCUCUAGAGGACAUGCAAAGGCGUCUGGAGGAGGAGCAUGCCUUGCAGAUGUCACUGCUUCUGGCUGAGCAGGAGAAAGAGCAACAGCGCCUCUGUCUGGAGCUUGAGGAGACAGAGAGAAGACUGAAGGAGCAGGGGUGCGUGCUGCCUCUUAGUGGAGAUGCUUGUGGAUGGAAUCGUAGGUCUGUAAGUGACAGCUUUGCUGCUGUGAGCCCCUCCUGCCCAGGACUAAGCCCUGCCCAAACACCAUCCGAGAGAUCACCUGGACACAGUAUAGGUUUUCCCAGUCCUGUCAGCUCCAGCGUGUGCUCUCCCUCUGUCCAGCCUCCAGUUUAUCUGUGGGGACCCACCUGGGCAGCUAGCAAACCUCGAUCAAGGCUAAGUCUGGUUCUGACACCAGAGCAGCAGAGGGCAUUCUGUCGAAUUGGCGCCAUCACUCGUGGCUUCCUCACACGCAGACUGCUCAAAACAGAGAAGGUCAAACACCUGCACCAGACCAUAGUGGAUACACAGGAGUUCAUCCGUUCAUUCCAGACUGAGGCUCCGCAGAAGAAAUGCAGCCUCUCAGCACAAGAUCUCUCUUUGCAGGAGAGAGUAAGAGCACAGUUACGUGCAGCCCUUUAUGAUAUCCAUGACAUCUUCUUUGAAAUGCCUCUGGGGGAUCGAUUAGCAUUGCUGCAGCAGGACAGGGAGCUCCGUGUAGAGAGGAAGCUGCGAGACAUGGAGAAAACCAAGUGCCACAAGGAAAGAAUGGUUCUGUCUGCGGCCACACAGAGGUCUCUGGACAGGAAAAAGAGAGUUGGUGAAUCUCCAGCGCAGGCUAGGAAGAUGCAUCAGAAGCCAAAGAGCCCUACUACUAACAGAGUCCUGAAGCCAAGCCAAGGCCAAAAUUCUCCUGUCCCAGGGCAGCUGAACCGCCAGGGUCAUCACAGCACGACACUGGCUGUUUCCUCACAGGAGCUGGUACAGAAAGACCCCGGAGGAGAGGGUCAAGCGCUCAGACAGCCUGAAAAAGCAGCACUCUCUGGGUUAACAGGUGACUCAACAUCUCCUGACCUGUGAACUUGAAUUUUUAGUCUUUUAAUAACAACACUGCACCACUGAAACUCCAGUAAGCGCUGCUAACAAUUUGAUGGUCUGUAAUGUACCUUAUUGAAAUUCAAAUGAUUGUAUACAAUAUUACAAUGCCAUUGUUUUAACUGUUGUAGCUAUAGUUUUUAGUUGUAACACAUGUAGCUGGAACACUUAAUGAGUAAGCAUUUUUUUGAAAGAAAAAGAAAAGUAUCUGUACUUAAAUGCAGUCUAGAAGAAGGUCAGAGCUAAAGGGAAAAAAGUAAAAAAAUAUAUCUGUGCCUAAGAACUAUGCCUUUGCUAUGUGUAAUAUUUUAGCAUGCCUGUAUUCACCAAAUGCAUUCAUAAACUUCUAGUGCUUAUAAUUGUAAGUGAAUUUCCAAACAUCAGUUUCAUGCUGACACUCACUAAUGUAUUUUAAGUGUGUAUAAUUUAUUAAUUUUAAGUUAUCUGUCUAAGGGCUUUGAGAACCAAUUUGUGCUUUGUUUCUUUAUUUAACAGUGCUGAGUUUACAGUACUUUGAGACAUUUCAGUGUGUUUCAACAUUUGGCUUAAAUUAAAUGCCUAAUGAAAAUCUAAAUGUAUUUGUUCACACACUGGCACGCUGUUACAUUAAUAUAGCUUCACAUAAUAGGAGAUGCACAGCGGGCAUUCCCUGUUGAGUAGAACUAAAUUUUCAUAUGAAAUGCAUGCCAAAGUCUCUAAAGAUUUUCCCUUGAUUCCCAUUAAGUAAAUAAAGGAAAUAAGGGUUAGACUCCAGAACAUUAAUGUGAACAAAUGAUCAAACCACAUAUUAAGAAAUCGGUAGACUUUAUACAUCUGUGACAGUAGUAUUUAAUGUGGUGUUAUUCACUGACAUUGCUGUGCUAAUUUUUUAUUUUUUUUUUUUUUUUUUUUUAUUUAAAAUGCCAAAUUGUCAUGUUUUCUAUGACUGGAAUAAAUUGU